AGGCUCUUCCUAUUGCUGGCUCAUCCUAUCGAGUGGGAGGGGGCUUUGCCCGGUUUCUGAAAGGCACCACGCACCCAACAAAACUUUUUUUUUUUUUAAAUUGAGCUAGCUACCACAUCAAUCUCCCCCACACGAAGACAGCCAUCACAAUGACUUCGACGAACAUGUUUUCAGGACUCGAUAAUGGCGCAAAGCCAAGUUCAAGAGUCCUGCGUCCCCCCGGAGGUGGCUCCAGCGACCUGUUCGGUGGCUACGAGGAAGAAGCAGCUGCGUCGAGACGGCCCCACAAGAUGGCCUCCAACCUUUUCGCCCCACCAGAGCCGCAGGGUGUCAUCAGACGAACCAACCCUCCAGGAGGAAAAAGCAGUGGGAUAUUUGGUUCUCCAGAUGCCCCAGCUGAGCAACGGAGACCCGUACCCUCAGGCGGCAACACCAGCAACAUAUUCGGGGGGUUAGAGAGCGCCCCUCCCUCGGUCAAAGCCCAUUCCAACAAGCCAAAGGACAACAUUUCUGUGGGUGAAAGUUCCAUGCCUAUACCCGAGCCCCCAGCUCCUCUGCCAAAGGAGAGCCUGGCCAAGGAGGUGAAGGAAGAGAACGUUGCCUCCCCUCCCCCCACACCCACCAAAGUAGCAGUGGAGCCUGCACCUGCUCCCUUGGCCAAGAAGCCAGAGCCAGAGGCCUCCCUUAGUGAGCUCUCACUGAAGGAUCACGAGCCCCACCUCGGCCCCCGCCCCCGCUCCCACAACAAGGUCCUUAACCCCCCAGGAGGGAAGUCUAGCGUGGUCUUCUACUGAACCAGCUCCUCCAUCCCAUGUCUAUUCAUGUAUGCAUCCCAAAAGGCACUCUAUUCCCUAUAUAAGUAAGUAACCCUUGUCCAAGCCAGAACGGAUCUCUUGUUUCUGUAGCGUGAGGCUGCUUGAUGUACAAGUACAUCCCCUCGACAGGACGCUAGUUUAUGGGUCCUGGUCAAAGUGUGUGGACUGUAUAGGAACAGGGUGCCAUUUGGGGCACAACCCAUGCCCACUAUUAUUCUCUGUUCUGUUAAUUUUCCCUAUUCACUCUGUCCUAUGUGGCUCUCAAACUGGAAGAAAAUUCUCAAUCAUUUUUACAGGCUAAAUUCCUGUCCAAUCAUUUAAAAUGGUUAAAUUUCAGUUUCAUUACAAGGGUUCUAUUUCUUGCUGUAAAUGUUUUUUUAUUACAUGGUUUUGAAUGUUGUGUUGACUACAAAGGCAGGGUGAGUUAAUUUAGUCAGUUAUACCAAAAACAGAAUCACUGGCAUCAAGGGUCCAGGUGGAAAUUCUAAAUUCCAUUUAGAAUUCAGUGUAUGACUCAGCAGUGUAUUUGUGUCGGCAUUGAGACCUCUGUUUGUUGCCCAUGCACACGGUUGUCAUAGUAAGCCCAUAAGUGAUCACAAUCACUCUUUACUGUCACUUUGUUGACAAUAAACGUAUCCCUAUAUCAUGUUCAUUCUGUCCUCCAUUUCAUCCCACACCUUUUCUCUCUCUAAUAAUCAAACCUAUCUUGAGUCUGUCAGGAGCCAGAAACUCUUGAUCAUGGAGAAAAAAAAGCAAUAAAUCGACUAACUAGUGAGUGCAAAGCAAAGAGCUACAGGCAGUACCCAUUAUGUAUUGCCCACCCCCAAAGUUCUUGUUGUUCUUCGGAAUAGAUUCCAUUAUGAUUUUAUAUAUCGCCCAUGCAAAUGGACGAAUGUAUUGUAUGUUGUGGUUGUUUCCUGCUCUGUUACCAUUGCUUGCUGUUAUCAGAGGAUGGUGUCCACUCGGAGGCCUCUAUGUUUUAAAUUAAAACGGCUGCUGUACACAAGUGAACUCUGGAAUAGUACAUGACUGGGCAACACACCGCACCACGUUCCAGGCUGCCUACGUAGCAGUUGCGCACCACAUCUUACAACGCCUGGAUAAGCGUUUUAUGUAAGUAACCAGUAUGACUAGUUUCUCGUCAACGUACACACCUUUUAAUUAGGACUUUGGUUCAGCAUAUAUUUAGAGGGUGUUUGCUUCUGGCAUAGCUGCAUAAAAACAAUAUUUGCAUUUUCCCACGAUGUUUCUAUCAAAUUGACUUGUUGUGGAUAAGACUGUGUGUGAUGUCAUACUGCACAUAACUUAUUUUUUAUUCAGUAAAUGCAAAAUAAAUGUUUAAGUAGGACCUACUUUACUCUCAUAAAAAGGUUGGAUGGAAACCUGGUUAGUAACUGCAUCAACCGACUAGAUGGCGCGGUAUUAAAUCGAUCAUUGAUUUGUGUAGUGUGGCCAGUUUACAGGCAGUCUGGAACGCAAAUGGUCUCCUGGUGCCAUCUUAACCCCUGAGUGUUGGAGUGCCUGGCAGGCAAAGUUCACAGCAGAGGAAAAGCAAAAAGAACCUGUGUAUUGCAAUAAAACUUAUUUUCUGA